UAAUCUAUACACUAAAGUUUUUGUAAUAGAGAUUAAUGAAAUUGUCUAGAUAAAUGUAAGUCAACAAAUCAAAACCGAUAAGCUAAAAGUUAGGAUUUAUAUCAAUGAAAAUAAUGAAAUAAGGAAAUAAUGUUUUAAUUUUCUCAGCAAAUUCCUGCUUGGGAUCACAACAGGCAACAUCAGACACGGUGUUGAGAUGCUUUCUGGGGAGACACUGUGUGUCACCAGUCGGCCGCUGCCUGACAGCUGGAGGCUGGCCCUUCACUGUGUGCCCUGCUGGCCUGAGAGAGGCAUGGGGUGUGUGGUGUCUGUGUUUAGGGUGCACAGAAGAGGCCGACGCGAGUUGAGAGGUCGUUGCUUUGCUGUCUCACUCCACCAGUACGUUCUCUUGGAGGUGGUUUCGUCUCCUAAGACUGGAGGCACAUUUCUGCCUUGGGGCUUUCACCAACAUUUGCUUGUUCACCCAUGUCUAACUUUACUACCUCUUAUCAUAAGACCUGAAACGAAAAGGCUCCCAGUUGGCAGAUUACUUGCCACGUAUAAUAGCCUCACAGACAAACACCUGGCUGGGUAUUUCAGCAAUACCAGGAUCAGGCGGCACCUCCUAAGAUCCGGGCUGAUCACGAGAAGUGGGAGGAUACUUUCUGAAAAGGAACAGAAAGCAAACACCAUGAAGCGGGAUCAUCAGAAACACAUCCGGGAGUGCUUAGCUCACGCCAUCUUCCACAAGGUCCUCGACAUGGAGCGCUACCACCAGCUUGAAAUAAAAAGGAAACUGGAUGCCUUAGCUCGGAAGGAGCGGAUUCAGAGGCUGAAGGGAGAACGUACAAGACGUUUUAUUGAAGAUAACAUGCCCAUUCUGACACCCCACCCCCCAGCUGGCCCAAAGAGUAACCAUGGCUGUAGCGUUCUGGCUGAGGAAGGACGUUCUAGUCCAUUAACACUGACAUCCCCUCGGCCAUAUACUGCCCCAGGAAAUAUGCAGCCUCCGAUUCGAUUGCAGCCUCUUCUCAGUAAUCACACAACGAGAAAUGUUUCAAAGAUAACUCCAGAGUCCAAACCCAAAAUCUCAUUGCUGGAAAGCGAAACUCCGUUUCCUAUUGGGGGCAAGAAGGCAAUGAUGAAAUUCAGGAACUUCAUGGACAAUUCCCAGAGGCUGGAUGCCUGCCAACUUCCAGACAUUAACAUUUACCAGAUUCCUGUCCCCCCGAUGCCCCAGCCCCAAGCAGGAAAGAUCUUCAGGGAGAACAGGUUCGAGCCUUGGAGGAGGAAGAGGCUGCGUCCCAUCACCGCUCCCAAUGGCUUAGAGCCCCUCUGCACCAGGGACCCAGGGAGGAUUUACAAAGCAGCACCGCACAGCAAUGCAGUUAUCACAAUGAUCUAUUUUGGGAAAAAUGUGCACCUAUCUUAUGAGGACACAGACUUUCGAGAUGAAAUCAAGAUUUACCAACAGCACUGUGGAGGAGAGAACCUUUGUAUCUACAAAGGCAAACUGCUGGAGAAAGACACCUUCCAGUUUAUCUCCAAGCGACACCACGGCUUCCCCUUCAGCCUCACCUUCUUUUUGAAUGGGAUCCAGGUGAACAGGCUGAGCUCCUGUUGUGAGUACAAGCACCGCAGGAGCUCGAGGCUCGGAGGCAAGAGAGGCUACUUCGGGUUUGUGAGAGUGGAGAAGGCAUCUCCCUGCUACAGAUGCAUUAUUGCCAUGGGCCUUGACAGAAAACCAUCUUCAACAAAACCUAGGAAGGAAAAGAUUGCUGAGAAAAAGGAGGAGCCACUGAAGAAGAGUCAGGGGAAAGUGAGGAAAGAGAGAGAGAAUGCACCAUUGAAAAGGAACGAGAUGGAAGGGAAAGAAACCUCGGUCUCAGCCACGUUUUCAGCUGAGGAACUAAAAUCAGUGGUCAGAGAAGUGAGGACGGCUAUGGAGGUGAUGGAAUGGAAGGGCAAGUCAGGACAAGAUGCUUGGGAAGAGGACCAGGAAAACACGUUUACAUACGACUAUGAAGAAGAUUUCGAAGUGGAUGAGGAAAAGCAAGAUGAGAGAGCUGAGGAUGAGGGUCAGGCUGAGGAUCAGACAAGCAUAACAUCCAAGUCGCCCGCGGAAGGAGAAAAAGAUAAUUUCAGCCUUGAAAAGGAGAUUGAAAUCUCUUCAGAGAAGGCACCCGAUGCCCGUGCCUGUGAGAACGGCGAGGAUGAAGGCUUGGACAGCGAAGAGGAGGAUAAACAAGAUAUUAAGACCGUUUCUUCGAACUCGUCUAGAAGUCAUCCCUACUCCAGUGAAAGCGAAGAUGAAUCUGCGGAGCCGAGCGCAGAUGUUCACUCCGGAAACAGUGCAGGGGGAAGUUCCAGAAGUUCCUCUUCUCAGGACCUACGCGAAAGUGACGGCCAAGGAAAAUACCACGUCCCAGUCGAGGAGUCCUUGGAAACUGAGAUCGAGGAGCAAGAAAUCACUAACGGAGAAGAGGUUCACGGACCUCCGCUGACAGAGGUUAGUUGUUUGCCUGCUGAGGAAGAACCAGUGGAGGUAACCGAAGAGAUUACAGAACCCAAGACGUCUGGGCAGUCGGCUUCCCCAGAGGCGAAGGUUAGAAGCCAGCUCCAGGAAGGAGGCACCUCCGUGGUGGAGGACAGAAAAGCCGACCUCCCUGGGCUGGAAGAAGAGGUUGGACAGAAAACAGGUGAAGCCCAAGCACCUGGCCACUACCGCUCCAACACUGCAGCUGGACUUAGCAGCCCAGGGGAUGAGGUGACACCCACGAGGGAACUGGAGGUCAACCUGAGCAGAGUGGUGGAGGAAAGAGCAGCCGUCAGCUCACAUGAGCAACCCGAGCAAGCUGCACCAGAGGAAUGCACACCAGAGAAGGAAUCAGCCAUCAAGGAAGAUGAACGUUCCCAGCCUGAGGAUGCUAACGCUGAUGCUCAACUGAGGAAGAAAGCAGAGACAGAGGAAGCUGAAGCCCGCCAUACCCUGGAUGCUGACAUGGCUGUUGGGCUGAGGGAGAAAGCAGGGAUUGCAGAGGUCUCCUUGGGGGAGAGGAGCCCCAGGGAAGAGCAGCCAGCAUUAGCAGAACAGUCUUCAAAGAAAGGAGAACACCGUCUGAGCACAGCUAGUGAGGCUGAAGCUGAGGCUGAGGCAGGCACAGAAAGACAUAGCACACACGAUGAGAAACAUUUCAUACCCCCAGGAAAACCAACAGCGGUUGACUCAGUGUUUCUAAGUGGAGACCAAGCUCUGGACAGUCAGAGGGAUAUGGGCUCUGACAGGCAGACAGUUAUGGAGAAAACAAAGACAGUUUCUGAAAGUGAACAGAUACUGGAAAAGGCAGCGCUCACAGAGAACUCAGCGCUUAGCUCAGAGAUACUUGGGGAAUCAGCAAUUCCAAAAGAAGCAGAGGUUUCUGAAAUGGAGGAGGGAAAAAGAGAGGUGGGCUCCUCAAGACCAGAUGGGAACCAAGGCACAGAGGGAGUCCUCACAGAGCUAGAGGAUAUGGAGCCUGUGGCGGACACAGCACCAGAGAGAGAGGAUGGUUUUGAAGAGGCAGUACUUGGAAGAGAGACAGCAGCUACAGGGAGGAAGGAAGUUCUAGAAGCAGAAGCACCCUUGAGUUCCUCAGGAGGAGGGGCAAGCUCCACGGAGCUUGUCCAGGGCAACCCCGAGGAACCUUGUCAAGAAGACACAGCAAGGGAGGGGGUUACAGCUGGCGCAGAAUCUGCCCUGGAACAGGAUCCCAGAGCAGUGCUCCCUGGGGAAUCUGCUGCAGCUGAAGAUGGGAGGAAAGUCGAGAGGCCCUCCACACCUGUGAGAGACUCUGGAUCUAAAAGAGAAGUGGAGACAGGGGUCAAGGUGUUGAAGACGGCAGAGAAGUUAGAAGAGCAAAAAGUUAAAGGGGAAGAGGAGGGCACAGAGAAGGAAAUCGGGUCUGGGGGAGAGGCCCAUGUAUCCCCCAACAAGAUGGAGCCUGAUACUAAGGACAUAGAUCCCACAGGGGCAACUGAGUUGAGUAAGGACCCAAGGCUUCUAGAAGAUGCAUCCAAAGAAAGAACCAUCGCCUUGUUUGAAGCAAAACCUCAAUUUGGGAAGUCACUGGGAGAGAAUGAAGCCACAGCCACAGAGCACAAAGGAGAAGAGGUUCCAGGCCAGGAGAGUGAGGCUCCAUUGCAGCAGAGGAACCCACUAAGCCAUCGUGGAAAGGGCUUGUUAGGAGACCCUGGACCUGAGCCAGCAGGCAGAGCUCUGGGGCCUGAGAGUACUUUCACAGCCGGAGGUCAACAGGGGGCUUCCAAGGAGCUAGGCAGCCUCGAAGGACCAGAGAGACUGCGUGAAGAAGGGCCUUUGCAAGUGCAAAGAAGGGACAUCGUGAUGACACACGGAGAUCUUCCAGAGGAAAGACUCCCCAAAGCAGAGGUGUCCGGUAAAGAGAGUGAGGGUGAGAAGCCGGAGGAAGAGGGGCCUGAGGAUAAGGAGCACUCUCCAGGGACAUUGGCUGGUAGCCUGGCAGGGCAGGACACAGUCAAAGAUGAGGAGGAUCCACGUGGAGGAGGGGUUGAAGAAACAGCUUCAGAGCAGGCAGAAGAACUGGCAGCGUCAGUGUCAACUUAUGGGGACAGUGUGGCCUCCUCCUCUGCAGCUGUCCAGAAGGAGGCUUCAGGAGAAACAGCAGCUGAGGAAAGGGUGACGACUGAGGACAUGACGCCAAGCACUGAGAAGGUGGCAGUGGUAAAGGAAGUGACAUCAGCAGAGGCUGCAGAGAUCACACAGGAACCAUAGGCUCCUGAAGUGCAGGACUGGGGAGGGGGAAAUGCCUCUCAGUGUGACAGGGGAGGAGGCAGAUGAGGGAUACCAGUGAGGAGCAGCUGAAGAGUUCAGAGGACCAGUGCCUCAAAGAGAGACAGAGCUCACCAGUGUUUAGGGUAGCACUUCCCAGGAAGCUGGAGUUUUCUAGAACCCUGUGGGAAACAUCUGGAGAAACUGCACAGAGAACGCGAGCGUGCAGAUGUUCCCUUGAGCACAGCGGAGUCUACUGUGCUCCUUACUUGCAGCCUUCAGUUGCAGUUGCUCAGCCUCACGCGGGCCUGACGGCCAACAGGACACGGGGGAGGAGUAGAGCUCACAGAGGAGGCUGCUGGGCUCUCUAUGUGGCCAUUAUUUGGAGGGUAUCUUUGAAAGUGGGGUUCCCUGAAGUGAGAUCUUUGUUUCUCAUGAGGCUCAAGGACAAAAUACAUAAUACACAGAGAAAUCGGACACUGAGGAGCUGUGGGAGGGGAAAGAACAUGAGCAAAAUAUAUUGUAUACUAAGCCGGGCGAUGGUGGCACACACCUUUAAUCCCAGCACUCGGGAGGCAAAGGCAGAGGCAGGUGGAUCUCUGUGAGUUCGAGACGAGCCUUGUCUACAGAUCUAGUUCCAGGACAGGCUCCAAAGCCACAGAGAAACCCUGUCUUGAAAAAAAAAAUAUAUUGUAUACUAAUUAAAAAGGUGUACAGAGAAGAAUGUGCCCCCGAAAUAAGGGGUUAAGCUCACUCUAGAGUUCUUUCCCAUUAAUUUUUUCAUACACACGCAUAAUGUGUUUUGAUCAAAUCCACCUCCUCCUCUCCCCUCCAACUCCUUCCAACCCCCCACCCCCACUUUAGGGUUUUGAAGAAUGGAAUAGAGUUCACCUGUGGUCAUUUAGUUUUGUAAGGCCUCUUUGCUUUUACCUCUGAUGUUUUACAAAGUUUAAUAAAUGUAUGUCUUCCAUACAUAGAUUACAAAUACUUAAUAUCCAAAGUUUAGUGUACAUAUAUUUAAUAGCAUUUAAACACCUAAGUUCUGAGUAGGGGGUAAACAUGUCCGGUUAUUUCUGACACUCCAUGGCCUCAUUAGUCCUCAGCUCCUAUUAUUUUGAACGAUUUUAUCCACUGUGCUAUCUUUUCCCCAGCAUAUUGUGAAUUGUCACAGUUGAAGAUGCAGAGUGGAAAUGCUGAGGCAGGAAGUUCACCAGGGCUUCAGGUUGUCUUUUCACUCACUGCUGGCCUUCCUUGGUCUUGGUCUGUAGGCGCUGGUCAGUAGGUUAAUCACCAUGGUGAGAAGGGCUUAGGUAGAUUUGCCCUCAUGGGAGCUGCGGUCCCAAACAGAGACUGGGGAAAUUGAACAUUCUGCACAGCUGUAUUUAAACUGAAGCGAUGGUUUUCAAACAUUUGACUUUUACCAAAGAUUACCAGAAGGUGAGUCCUGAUGGUUUGAAUUUGUUGAAAUCACUUUUAUUUUACCAUUAAAUAUUAGCCCCAUCUUAUCCAUGGGGUUCUGUCUUCAUCACCAAUUCUUUGGAAAUGAGCUGCUCAGUGUCUUUCAUGUCCACUUAAAACUGAAGAUUGCCUCAAUCCUUUCCAAGUCCUUCCAGGAAAAGGAUUCCAUGGUAUGGAAAUUCACUUUUUCUUGGAAACAUUAAUUAUUCCUAUUUACACCUGGAGUGUGUGUGUAAAAUAGGAACUUUCCUGAAAAUACCCUUUGUUUGUAUGCCUUUGUGGCCCAUUUUCUCUGAUAGACUAGCAAAGUGUGGCUUUCAGCAUUUUAUCCUUGGUAGUGUUAUUUUUCAGGCUGCUCACAAAUGCAAACAAAAAUGUAAGUACUUCAUCUAAUUGUAAUGUAAAUGUAGUGACUGUAAUGGGAAGAAGUUCAUCACACACACUCUUGGAAGACAUGAUCAAUCACAAAUGCUCUGGGAAGAUGUGCUCCAUCACACACACUCUGAAAAAACGUGGUCCAUCACAUAUACUGGGAAGAUGUGGUCCAUCACACAUACUCCAGGAAGUCGUGGUUCAUCAUGCACACUCUGGGAAGACGUGGUCCAUAACACACACUCUGAAAAUACGUGGUCCAUCACACACUCUCUGGGAAGACGUGGUCCAUCACACACUCUCUGGGAAGAGGUGGUCCAUCACACACACUCUGGAAAGACGUGGUCCAUCACACACACUCUGGGAAGACAUGGUUCAUCACACACAUUGGGAAGACAAGAUCCAUCACACACACUCUGUACCUGAUGCCAUCCUGAAGAUCUGCAGCUUGUGCUCCUUCCAGGGUUCUGCCUGAGUGAUCACAGUUAUUCUUCAGAUGGUGCCCAGAUAUAAUUUCCUAAUUGGGUAACAACAUAUUCUGAGCAUCAAAUUUUCUUGAAGACAUCCCUACACCAUGUUCCAAAGCUCACAUAACUGACCCCAUUUCAACAAGAGAGGAGAUGAGAAUUAUCCAAGGCAGCAAGUCCCCAGCCAGAAGGAGAAUCAACCUUUCAUGGGGUACUUUCACGACUGAACUCUUUUCCCUGCCACAAAGCUUCAGAUAUAUUUGGUUAUAAAUGAAGCUAAGUCUCACUAUUUUAUUUUUUCUUUAUUCUAUGUAG